UCCUAGUGCCUAGACCCAGUUGGGGAAGGCGAAACCGGGCGCCCCAGGAGCGCCCCGGGAGAGGGCGGAGCACUCUCGUGCCCCGGGGCAGGAGUGCAGGGAGCUCCCGCGCCCGGAACGUUGCAAGCAAGGCUUGCGAGAUUCGCAGGGGGGCACUCGCGAGGGACGGACAGGAAGAGGGCCAGGGGGGACGCCAGAACCCGGGACCACAGCACGGAAACGGCCCGGGGCUGAGCUGCAGUCAGAUCCGGGGAUGGAGGGAGCCGGAGAAGAGGAGUGAGAAGGCCGAGGAGGCAGGCCCUGCUGUCCUCCUGCAGGCCGGCAGCCUGCUGGCAGUGGAGGACCAGGCCGCCCAGGAAAGGAAGGGGUCAGGAGGUCGGGCAGGGCCUCAGCAGGCUCAGACAAGGCCCCAGAAGGGAGCUGCAGGCGCCCUGGAGUCCAGGCCCCAGGCCUGGCUCUGGUUGUCCAAAGAGGGCCUACCUAGGCCAGGCCUCUGGUGGGGAAACUGAGUCACAGCCAGACCUCAGGGCACGGCCUAGACGCUUACGAGCCAAGUUAGGGGUAGAGAGCAAAGACCUUUGGGGGUCUCAGGGAGUAGGGGGCUUCAGGGCCUUCUAGUCUAGAGCUGGAUUGGCGAGUUAGACGCUUGUAGAUCCAAGGUUGGAUUGGGGUGGGGUCUCUGGGACGUUGGAUCGCUACGCAAGGAUUGGGGGGAUUCAAGUGCUUAGAGAUCGAAGUCGGUCCUGGGUAGGGGGAGUCAGACAAUUGGAAAGCCUAGGUAGUUAUUUGGGGAGGGGUCUCUACGCUUUGGCGAAGGGCACAGCUGCGUCUUUUUGGCUUGAGGCCUGAGGCCUUGUCGAGAAGCUUCAGUGAAAGGGUGGGCUGGCCGGGCCAAGAGAAAGAAAGUGAAUAAAUCAGGAAUAUAAGUGGGCGGGGGGCCCCUGAGAGGGGGGUCACAAAGGGUGAGACAUGGCCACCAGGCGUUUAACCGACGCUUUCUUGUUGUUGCGGAAUAAUUCCAUCCAAAACCGGCAGCUGUUAGCCGAGCAAGAGCUGGACGAGCCAGAUCAAGUCAAAUUCACGUUCUCAAGUAUGUCCAAGAAAAUUAAGAGCUGGUGCAUGAAAAGAUAGGAGAACAAUCCAAAUCCUAGCAGUUAUCAAAAGCAAGUUUAUAAUACAGCUUGCUGAUGACCGUAUGGCACUUGUGUCAGGCAUCAGCUUAGAUCCAGAAGCAGCAAUUGGUGUGACAAAACGGUCACCUCCUAAAUGGGUGGAUGGAGUGGAUGAAAUUCAGUAUGAUGUUGGCCGGAUUAAGCAGAAGAUGAAAGAAUUGGCCAGCCUUCAUGACAAGCAUUUGAACAGACCCACCCUGGAUGACAGCAGUGAAGAGGAACAUGCCAUUGAGAUAACCACCCAAGAGAUCACUCAGCUCUUCCACAGGUGCCAGCGUGCCGUGCAGGCCCUGCCGAGCCGGGCCCGGGCCUGCUCCGAGCAGGAGGGGCGGCUGCUUGGGAACGUGGUGGCCUCGCUGGCGCAGGCCCUGCAGGAACUCUCCACCAGCUUCCGGCACGCACAGUCGGGCUACCUCAAACGCAUGAAGAAUCGAGAGGAAAGAUCCCAGCAUUUUUUCGACACAUCAGUACCACUAAUGGAGGAUGGGGAUGAUCAUACUCUUUACCAUCGGGGUUUUACAGAUGACCAGUUAGUUCUGGUGGAGCAGAACACACUGAUGGUGGAAGAGCGGGAACGAGAGAUUCGCCAAAUUGUACAAUCCAUUUCUGACCUGAAUGAAAUAUUCAGGGACUUAGGAGCGAUGAUUGUAGAACAGGGUACGGUCCUUGAUAGAAUUGACUAUAACGUUGAACAGUCCUGUAUCAAAACCGAAGAUGGCUUGAAACAGCUUCACAAGGCAGAACAGUAUCAAAAGAAGAAUCGGAAGAUGCUUGUGAUUUUAAUAUUAUUUGUCAUCAUCAUUGUGCUCAUUGUUGUCCUCGUUGGCGUGAAGUCUCGAUAAGUGGCAUUGGGUUUUCGUGUGUGCCGCACGUGUGGAUCUCCCGGGUGUGAGGGGCUUGGCCUGCGCCCCGCCAGCUGCCCACAGAGGUGCAGCCUCGAGGAAUCCGAGGGCGUCUGGGCAGCGAACCUUACCAUCCACGGACUCCUCCUCCCCUAGUCCUGCUCAAGCGGUCCGGGGAAUGGGUUUUUGUUUUUCCUUCAUUGUUGAGAAUUUAAGGACCUUUGGUACUGCUGCACAAUAGAGAUUGAGUUCUGUGAUCAGUUAUAAUAUAUAUAUAUUUUUUUAGAAAGAAAAUGAGCUGAGAGUUUACAGGCACUGCAGAAGCUGUUCAGUUAUUAUAUGUGUAUAUGCUAUUUUUUUAGCAGCCAUGUCUGAGCAGAAUGUUAAAAUAAUUUUUGGAAAAAUUUUCUUUAAACCAUCUGGUUUUUAAGAAAUUUGUUACCAAAAAUUGAUGAGUAGAGGCAAAGAUGCCUCUUCAUCUUUCUCUAUAUAUUUUCCAGUUGAAAACAAACUAAGAAGUCCUUUAAGAAUUUAUAAUCCGUUCCCCAUUAACUUAAUUUAGCUUUUCCAUCACUGUUAAUGAUCAGAGUAACAAAGUGUGAAAAAUAAGAAACCAUCAUUGAUGUUAAUUAACACAUUUAGAUAGGCCAGUUGAAACAGCUUCAUAAGUUUAAAUUAAUUGUAAAUGGAAUAUUCCUCAUUUAAAAUGUUUGCACUGCAUUUUCUACUGUAAACCAAAAGGGGUUACUAAGCAAAACCACCUACAUUUAAGUUAGUGAUUUAAAUGAAUCUCACAUUAAAAGAAAGCUUGACAGUGUUAUGAAAGCCACCAGACUCAGCCAGUGUGUCCCCGUGGGUAUCCCCAGCCAUCCUUGCUCAAUCCAUGGCUUAUAUACUAACUACAUAAUGCCCUGUGCAAACCAGACUCUGUUUAAUGAACUGUGAAUUUACACAGAGGCCAUUUUAAAUGGGUCACCCCAUUUAGGAUUAGUGGAUCUCAGAUUAUUAACCAAACAUCACUCCAUUUCAAAGUAAAAUAUUCCACCAGCGAUUUGAUUUAUCGGCUGUUCCAUUGCCGCUGAGCAAUGCCCAGGAAGCAGGCACGUUGCCAAGGACUGGGCGCAUCUUGACUAGGAAGCUCCUCGUUUGUGUGAGCGUGGGUUAGAUCGCCAAAGUAGGACUUUGUCGUUUACCUACCUAUUAUCAAUAUGGUGCUUGAAUAUAUUCCUAUAACUGUAGAACAGUGUGGAAAGUGAUGGUAACUUUGAAGUUGUUCAUGUUUUAUUGGCCUUGUUUUAAUUGACACCAGUAGAGUUUUAAUGGUCUUUGUGUAAAUUUUAGUGGCUUUUCCAUUGUUUAUGCUUCUCUUAAAAAGUUUAAGAAGAAUAUGACCUCAUUAAAUGUGUUUUAUUUGGACCAGUCACAUAAAAUGUCUCUCUAGAAUUGACUUUGAAGUUGUUUACAGAAAUUUAAACUCAAUUCCAGAGACUGAAGUUGUCCAAACAGCUCAUGGGCUUAACAUCCAAACCCCUGCCCAGCCUUCCCUUUCCAAAUUGGUGCCACCUCCAGGUAGCCACUGGUUUUCUUAUUACUGAUGUGGCUGUGGAAUGCUUUGUAAGGACCUAGAGGGACCCUGGCAUUUCAGGAAGCAGACCUGGUAUUCCAUGACAAGCAUUGUUUAGGAAAGAGGGCUGGAGAAAAAGAAGCCAGCACCUCAUCAUUCGGGCCUGCAGUGUGAGACUCUUCAUAGCGGUUGAGAGUCACUGCAGGUGUCCUUUCAUCCCGGCUGAUUUUAACCCAUGGUUGAGACGUUCCAAAUGAGAUCUGCUGCUCUUAGGAGUGGGGCUGUCCAAAUUAGGGAACCUGCCUCAAAAACAGUCCACAGUGGCAAUACCGGAUUCCUGUUCAAGCUUUUUAAAGUGCUGAGUCUUACAAACCCGUGAAGGAAAAUGACCCUUUAAGAGAGGAUCAUCAUUUAUUUAUAUUUAUUUUCACCAAAUAGGGGGUUGGUUUUUGUCCCCUCAACCCAUUUGGGUAAAAUAAUGGAUCUGAUUAGAAAUUGUUUUAAGGACGGGCUGGGCGCGGUGGCUCACGCCUGUAAUCCCAGCCUUUGGGAGGCCAAGGCAGGCGGAUCAUGAGGUCAGGAGUUCAAGACCAGCCUAGCCAACAUGGUGAAACCCCAUCUCUACUAAAAAUACAAAAAUUAGCUGGGUGUGGUGGGACACGCCUGUAAGCCCAGCUACGCGGGAGGCUGAGGCAGGAGAAUCGCUUGAACCGGGAGGCAGAGGUUGUGGUGAGCCGAGAUCACACCACUGCACUCCAGCCUGGGUGACAGAGUGAGACUCCGUCUUAAAAAAAAAAAAAAAAAAAAAUUAUUUUAAGGAUGCCGUCUGGGUGGGAGAGCUGUCCCUCUCCACCUGAAGCCAGGGCACUGGUGCUGUAACUGGUUUCCGAAGGUGGGAGAGAGACAGACCCCGCCUGGAGCUGGCCCCGGGCCUGUGUGCUGACUGCUUGGGGUCCACUGUAUUUCUCUGUUGAGCCUGUACCUGGGGAGAGAUCAGUAGCAUUUGAGGAAAAGAAUCAUGGUACCUCAGGGUUGCUUUCCCUUUACUCGCUGACAGCCGUUGUCUGUGAGCACCUCAUGCUUUUCCACACUCUGUUGGGCCAUGGAGGUAAUGAUCACCCAGGCCAGUCCCCUCUGCCUGGGAUGCACCCUCUGAGAGGAGGCCUAGCAGGGCAGGCUCCCUCUGGGCAUCCCUGGAUGCAUCCUCUGGACACAUGCCUCCUUUCAAGUGUCCAGGGGUAGCUCAGGUUGAGUGGAGGUAGAAGGAGAAACAGACAUGUUUACCAUCCAUUUUCCAAAGCUCCUGAUCUUUCCCAAGAUUGUAACUGAAAACUGCUGUCUCUUGUUUCGUUCGUUUUUGGGUGGUGGUGCUGGCUGAGCCAUGCUUGUGAAGUGGUGUGUGUCUCUGAUUUAACGGAUUCACUGCUUUCUCUGCUAAUUGAGAGAGCGUUAUUUACAUUAUUUAUUUGUUUUGACACAAGUGCUUUCAGUGUUUUAUCCUAGCUAAUAGCUUCUUAAAGGUAAUAAAACCCUUCCAACCUAAUUGGUCAGAUAAGACUUUUUUUCUUGUAUGCUUAAAUAAAGCAAUUAGUGAAGCGCUUCUAUCCAAAAUGACUUUUUUGUCCUUUUUUAAAACCAAUUUACUGUUACUGGAAACUUUUUGUACAAUAAAGCAAUCAUGCAGAUUAAAGAACA